AUGGAUGAGCGUGCUGCGAAGAUUGUUUCCGCCGUGCAGCAUGGAUUAGACCCGAAUAUUGCUUCUGCACUAGAAAAUGGCUUAGAUCAACGCCCCCGUCCCUCUGCAGUUGGAGACCGUGAUUUUCCGACUCGCACUCUUGUCGUCACCUCUCCACCGCUUCCCACAGUUGGCGUCAAUCUCGAGGGCACAGGCGGCGCGAAGGCCUGGGACCCUGUCUGGGACUACCGCGGCAAAGACGUCGACAACACUGAUACCGGCGACUUUGCUGGUUUCGUCGCCUUCAUUGGUCCUGUUGAGGCCCCGCCCACCAAGAUGUUGCGCUUCGGACUCGCGGACGGUCUGGAGAGCAGCGGCGUGCUCGAGUUCCUUGACAUCAACUUCGACAACCCAGACGCCGCGACCGACAAGGCCCUCACCGAUCUCCAGCAGUCUGCGAGGACGAUCCUCUGCAACGCCGUUGCCGAUCAACGUCGAAACUUGCCCGCGGGCACCUCCCUCGAGCCGAACCAGAUUUACCUGAAACCCGUUCUUGACGCGUACAUCAAGCUUCUCUCCGCUUGCAAAGAGGUGGAGUGCAUCGAAAUGCCACUGGCAUGGGCUAGCCUGUUCCGAGCGGAGGAUAUCUUCCCCAAGGUCAGCAUGGACAACAAGGAGAACAUGGAGCUGCUAGCUAACCAUAUGGUGCGAUGGGGCAAGGAUCCAGGCGAAAAUUCGUCGACUUGCGGCGAUCAUGUCUUUCGUUGGAGAUUGGAUGAUGUGGUCGUCGAGGAGGUCGGCGAAUACUGUCGACCGCGAGCGCGGUGGGACGAAGAUGGAGAGGGUUUCAGUGGCGGUGAUAUCUCAUUCUCCAAUGUCAGACAGUGGCAGACGAGUAAGCAAGAUAACCAUACCUUCUAUGAGAUCGAAAGAAGUCGCGGUACUCAGCGUAUGUACUGUGUGGGGGGUGUUGGCUUGCAAUACUAUGCUGAGAAAUUGAAAGAGGGCGAAGAGGAAUUGCCAAAUGUAGGCUAUGGAAGAGACUACGCCAUAAAUGAAGUGCAUGGUGACGGUGUCCAAGAGCCUGCUAUCGAGCAGGAAACCGCUCCAGGCACCGUCACCCUCGCAGAAGAUAUACAGGUCACGGCGACCGAGAGCGGCACCGAGACCCACACAGACAACGAAGACGCUGUGGCGGCAAAAAAUGAGUCCUCGAACAUCUACUUCUUCGAGCAGGUUAAAGAGGACCUCAGCAAUGAUACCAGGAUGCGAAAUUUCUUGGGACUGUACCAGGGCUUCUUCACGGCACAGAUCCGCUUCGAGGACUUCCUUCUACAAGCGGCAGCGUUCCGUGGUGAGCAGUCCGACCUUUUUGCCGACCUCAAGGACUACAUUCGGACGAAGGAGGAAAGGGAGGUGCUGGACGACGCGUUCCAGAACUUUCUCAACGAGCGUAAAAUUGGUUUAUGGGGUCGAAGAUCCGGGCUGAGAUUCGGCUUCUCGAGCCGGGUCUUUCUCGACGAUAUCUCGCCAGCUCCUUCUGUUUACGUUCCAAGACCUAUAUCCCAAAAGUUUAUUCUCCCUGUAGCCCUACCCUCAAGUGCUGCGACAACCAAUCUUCUACAACACCACUUUCAAUCUUCUCACACAACAACCAUGAAGUUCCCCAAGAGGAAGAAGCGCGGCCCCAUCUCCGCGCACACAGCAGCAACCACCCCGAUCGGCCGGUCGCCAGCGCUCUCCGCCGUCCGUCAUAUCGUCGAGCAGAUCACCCCUCCCGAGGAUCCCACCCAGCCCAAGCUUCGGCGCAAGCGCGGGAAUCGCAAUCUGCACGCGGAUCUCAUCUUCGACGCAGAAUUGACAGAGAUUGACCCGGCUACGGGCAACUGGGUUGCGAUACCGUUCGGCCAGCAUCGAACCUUGUCAGCGCCUGCUAUAAUCCUCACACCGCCGUCACCUGAGAAGAAGGCCGAUCUUCUUGAUGAGCCCGGCGGUGUUCUUGCCAAGGCGGCUGGUUUGGUUGACACGCUUCAAGUGCCUGUGCCCCGCAUGGCCUCGAACGCGAACACCACAAAUCCAAUAAACGACGUCCCGCAGGCAGCGCAUGUGCCUUCCUUAACCGCUUCAUCAGCACCUCCAGGUGAUGAUCGGGACGCCACGCAACCGCGCUCCACCGUCUCUCUGCAGACCUCCGCCAAUAUCUUGCCGCCCAUUCCCCGCGAGCUCGACGAUUUACGCAGCAGAUUCCGCUCCGCCUGGCGCGCCGACGGACCUACGCUCAAUACACCCGUGUUUCCGUUGCUGGGUAUGGUUCCGGUGCGGUCUUGGGGUGAGAGUGAGCCCUUCGCUCCGGCGAUCUACCAGCAGCUGAAGGGUAUUGAGCCGAUCUUCAGGGUCGCCGAGCAGAGCCCGAAUUUCCAUGGUGGGGCUGAGUUGACAUUGAUGAUUGACGAAAAUACGCCGUUCCUGGUUGGAGCACCUGCAAGAAUGGGACAGCAGCAGUCAGGUCCAGUCCAAGUCUACCGAGGCCAGAACAACCGAGACCACACGAACAUUUUCCUAUCUUCCGCAGCUUCCACGCCUUUGAAGAACAUCUCUGACGCUGCAGAAGGCGUGGCAGCCUUUGACGCGCCUACCGGAUACCAGUAUGAAACGCGCCUUGCCACCAUCCCCGAGGACAACACCACGCCUUCCAGUCUCACGUCGCCCUACCAGAACGCACCCGGCGCUUCAAACGGUAUGACAGCGUUCGCCUCUCCAGUUGUCAGCCUAUACCAGUACCCAAGCCAUAUCGCGCCCAUCCCUCAAAGCCAAUUCUACCCCUCUGCCGUAGGCAACGCAGCUCCUACACAAAGCAUGCCAGCUCUCAACCUACCCACCGCCACCCAGCACCAGCCCCACAAACCCAUCCAUCAGCAAACUCAAACGCCGCCUCCCAACCCCUGGCCGCUGAACAUCCCUACAACCGCCGACGUACGCAACGGCACCGCUGUCAUCGAAUCCCCGCACUGGGAGGCGGUGCCUUUCGAGCGCGAGGGCGACGUGGAGGAUUGGCGUGGAGGAAACUCUGGCGCUGACGCGGACCCCGGCGUUGCAACCGCUGGCAACUCUCAGACGUCGAUUCCGUACGAGGGCGAAGGUGACGUGCAGGACUGGGUUGAGAGAGGAAGCGAGGAGGUGCGCCACGACGGAGAGGGCGACGAGUGGGACUGGGUUGAAGGCAGCUCUGGUGCGGAUGCGGACUCUAGCACUGUCACUGCCGGCAAUUCCGCUACCGACUCUUCUGAGAAGAAACAUAGAUACGCCGGAAAUCGUGUCCCGAUACAACACGCAGUCUAUCAACUCUUCGAGCUAUCAUGCUGCGCGAGUGUGUGAUAGGUAACGAGGCCAACAGCGAGGAGUCGCCACUCAUUGAGCUACCUGGAUG